GUUUGUCUGUUUCUCGUUAGCGUGAAGGUGGACAGGUUUCUUAUUGAGAGAUGCAGUUUUCGUCUGAUACACGUAUUUGGUUGUGUGCUGUUUUCGUGUGCUAUAGCAACCUUCUUACAGUGACGCCGAGCUGUGGCCCUUCUAAACUGUCUCACUGGUCCAGGGAUUUGACGUUUGAUGACGUCGAGAUCACCGAUUACGUCAUACCUUCUGUGAGCGGUGUCAGAACAGAAUGGGAUUGUAUAUGGGACUGUAAACAGAACCCUAUCUGCGUUUCGUACUCCUACAACCUUGAUGGCACGUGUCGUCUGCAUUCCGUUAGAUUUAAGAACGGCGCCAGUUCUCUACCUAUGACAGGAUGGCGUCACUACUAUUCUGAAAUAGGUCGCUGCCCAACAGAGGACGGGUACGUGCUGCUUAGCAGCGUGAACGUGUGCUUUAAGGCGUUUAACGAGAAGAAACCCAUACAUGGAGCCCGGGUCAUCUGCAGCCAAUCAGGUGACAGACUGAUUUUCCUGGACACGGCAGAGAAAAACACAGCUGUCUGUGACUACAUCGACAAUAAUCUAGUUUCAGACGUGUAUUACAUCGGCCUGAACGACAUACAGACAGAGGGACAAUAUGUAUGGGAUAACGGAGACGUAGCUACGUUUUUAAAGUGGAUGUCUGGGGAACCUAACAGUUAUGGCGGAAACGAAGAUUGCGCGUUAGUAAAAACGUCGAUCGGUUCAUUCCUUGACUUCUCUUGCACAAGGUCUAGGAAAUUCAUUUGUGAAAAGGUUCUCUGAUGAUGGACCUUGACAGUCACCUUGAAGUAGACCUGCACCUAGGGAAUACGUUUGGAUAAAAAAAAAUACUUUGAUCACGGACAUUGUCAAUAACCUUGAUGUAAACUUGCACCUAGGGAAUACGUUUGCAUAAAAAGUACUUUGAUCACGGACAUUGUCAAUAACAUCGAUAUAGAUCUGCACCUGGGGAAUACGUUUGGUUAGAAAUGUACUUUGAUCACGGACAUUGGCAAUAACCUUGUAGCAGACCUGCACCUAGGGGAUAUGUUUGGAUAAAAAGUACUUUGAUCAUGGAUAUUGUCAAUAACCUUGUAGUGGAUAUACUCCUAGGGAUUACGCUUGUGAUAAAAAGUGCUUUGAUCAUGGACAUUCUCUUUCACCUUGAAAUAAACUUGCACCUAAGGAAUACGUUUAUGAAGAAUUAAUUUGAUCAUGGACCUUGUUCGUGUUCCACUCAACCAAAAUCAACAUCUCCAUCCAUAUAAUUCAGCUUUGUGUUGAGCAAUACUGUGCUACACAACACGCGUAUACCUGUGCAUCAGUGAAUAAAGACACUUUAACAGGAGGGAGUAUACGCUCAUGGACCUCAGUGAAAACAGUGAUGAUAGCAGGUAUUUCCGAAAGGCGACAUUCGCCAGUUUCAAAUGUAAAUAAUUUCAAUCUCUAAAAAUGCCUUUGUUAUAAACCCUUGGAUUGGUCAAAUUCGUAUCACGUGAUGAUAAAAACUGACAUUCAUAGCACCAUGAAUCUCAGUUUAGCGCUAUUUUUGUCUUAUAGCCGGAACUACAGUGUGUAAAGCGGUUUUUCGUUUCAUACUAGCAUGAAACUAAAAAAUGUUCACGUUCAAUUCUUAAUACAUGUUAAAAGAUUGUGGUUAAUAUAUUAUUGUUAUUUAGACACUUGGUCGAGAAACAAUAAACCUAUAGCCACCGCACAGACUAUUCCUAUGAACAAAACCAGCAUGGGGUAUUUUAUAUGGAUUUUCCAAUAGACAGAGAAGUGCGUAAAAGUGUCUUGACAGCUGUACUUAUUGCAAAGAGCUACGUCCAUUUGACUCUACAUUGUGCAGAGAUGUGAUCGAGAUCAUGAAUGACGGUUGUGUCGUCCAGGUUUGAUGCACCAGUUGUAGGACAUAAAUGUGGACACCGAAGGCGAUCGAUCGUUUUUGUUAACAUAUAUGAUGAGGAAUACAAUAAAGCAGGUCUACAUAAUGUCCUUUCCGAGUGGCACUUAGCUCAUUCUGAAGCCGGUCUAUAAGCACAUACAUUCCUAUGCAUCUAUUGAUUUAAAUAUCGAUUUGUUAACACUGCAUAUCAAUAUUCCGUAUUUUGGUAUUUGCAAAAAUGUUAAUGAUACCAAAAUAUAUUAAACAAAGUGGUUUUUCUCAAACAGAAUCUGAAUAUCUCAAAAAUAAAGCCAUUUAUGUAAUCAAAGCCGUAUCUCUAGACAAGGCAGAUACAAAAGGAUAUUUUGGUAAAUUCGUUAUCUUCAGUGGUUUGAAGUACAGCCAGCAAAUAUGUAUGUGCCAUCUUCCUCCCUCUCUCUCUCUCUCUCUCUCUCUCUCUCU